AUGCACUCCUUUGCGCGGAAUCGACGGAGAUUCUCCUCAACCCCCAUCUCGCAGCACAACCACCUCGACCCGCCCAAGCCGGGUGAAGAGCGCCAUGUAACAUUCAUAACCAAAGAAGGCGAAUCUUUCACCUUCGAAGUUGCUGACGGCGACAACCUCCUCGACAUCGCGCAAGAAAACGACCUCGAGAUGGAAGGCGCCUGUGGCGGCUCUUGCGCCUGCUCCACCUGCCAUGUCAUCGUCGAAUCCGAGGACAUGUACAAUAAGAUGGAGGAACCGGAUGAUGAUGAGAACGACAUGCUGGAUUUGGCGUUUGGUCUGCAGGAGACGAGUCGACUGGGGUGCCAGGUCAAGAUGAGCAAGGAGCUAGAUGGGUUGGUGGUGAGGCUGCCGAGUAUGACGAGGAACUUGCAGGCGAGUGAUUUUGAGAGCAAAUAA